AUGACAGAGAGCAGCUCGGGCGCUUCCCAGUCACUCGUACAUCCUUCUAACUCACAACAGACAUCCAAUUCCAAGUGUGAAGCUUCUACUGCUCGACAAACCCUCGACCCGGGGCAGACACACAAUGGAUCCGGGCCCGGUUCUUCAGUACACCAGGGCGAGCACGUUGUCCCCGAUGAAGCAAAGUUGCCGUACUCCGAGUAUAGGGAUGUCAAAACCCCGGAGUAUCCAUCGACAUGGAGGCUGGUCAUUAUCACGAUAUCGUUGUUCCUCGCCUUUUGCUGCUCCGCGUUGGAUAACACGAUCGUCGCAACGGCAAUCCCCAGGCUCACCAGCCAAUUUCACUCGUUGGGAGAUGUUGGAUGGUACGGCAGUGCCUAUCUUCUCACCACGUGUGCCAUGACCCUGAUUUUCGGGAAGAUGUAUACGUUUUACUCCUCCAAGUGGGUCUACCUGAUAUCGCUGGGCAUCUUUGAGAUUGGUUCAUUGGUUUGCGGUGUCACCAGCUCCUCGUUGGGACUGAUCCUCGGGUGCGCCAUUGCAGGACUUGGAUCGGCAGGAAUCGAGUCUGGGUCAAUCCUGGUGGUCUCCCAGACUGUGCUAGUGGCUCGAAGGCCCCUCUUUAUGGGCCUCUUUGGAACAACAUUCGGGAUUGCUAAUGUAGUGGGACCCCUACUUGGAGGAGCACUGACCGACUACCUCAGCUGGCGGUGGUGCUUUUAUAUCAAUUUACCAAUUGGUGCAGUCACGGGUUCCUUUAUCUUGUGCUUCUUCAAGACACCUCAGCCCGUAAAGCGAUGCGCUGGGCUAAGGGAACAAUUAUCGCAAUCAGACCUGGUCGGGAUGUUCUUCUUCCUGACCGGCAUCAUCUGUCUACUGCUGGCAUUGCAACGGGGAGGGGGGCAAUAUCCCUGGGGGGGAAGCCGGGUAAUUACCUUAUUUGUGAUCUCCGGGGUCCUCAUCCUGACAUUUAUCGGCUUGCAAUGGUGGCGGCAAGAGAAAGCAACGAUCCCUCCCCGCUUGAUUGCCAAUAGAAACAUGUGGGGGGCAGCACUGUUUACCUUUUGCGUGAAUGCCUCCUUUAUGGUCUUCGCGUUCUAUCUCCCGAUAUGGCUCCAAAGCAUUAAGAACGUGUCCGCGACACAGUCAGGUAUUAUGACCCUCCCGAUGAUCCUGGGCAUGGUCACGAUGAGUCUGCUCUCCGGCAUCCUUGUGACGCUGACCGGGUACUAUACACCGUUUAUGCUCGUAUCCCCAGUGCUGGCAUCUGUCGGCGCAGGGCUUCUCUCGACUCUUCGGGUGGAUUCAGGCCAUUCCGAAUGGAUUGGGUACCAGGCAUUGUACGGCAUGGGCAUCGGAAUCGGCAUUCAACAAUCGGUGAUAGCAAUCCAGACCGUGCUCUCCCCAGAUGACAUGCCCAGUGCUACAGCGAUCCUCAUGUUCAUGCAAACCCUUGGAGGCGCUCUCUCCAUUUCGGUUGCGCAAGCUAUCUUCCACACCAGCUUAUUGCGAAAUCUGCGCACCGAGGCACCUGCGUUGAUGCCGCGGCGAUAG